GAUACCGGCAAUGUAUUGAAUGCAUCGGAAAAUGCUGCUACAGCUGAGUCUGGUAUAGAUUUGACAGUACAAGGGCAAAGAACAGAUAUGAACACUAUAUUUCUGAAACUGCGAAUACCCGAUUCCACAGGUCAUCUUCACAACAUUCAUUUCCCAUUCAAUACCGAGGCAGAUACACCGACCUCUGUUGCUUCUGAGAUGGUGGAGGAGCUUGACCUGACUGACCAAGAUGUUUCAACUAUCGCUGAGAUGAUCGAGUCCGAGAUAAGAUCCCACAUUCCAGACUGGGCAUCGAUAGGAUCCAACGAAGAAAAUCCCGAUGGAACUGCUGCAAAUCCAUAUGAUCGUGAAACAGGGGAAGACGAUAAUUCUCCUGCCCCGAGUGAUAAAUCUACCUUGAGCGCGGAGACUAAUUCACCUUAUGCAUUUUCAGUGGAAACACUUCCGUCUGGUAGGACCUACUGCUCUUUGGGCAAAGCCGAAAACGAAAACUCUCUAAGAAAGCAUCAUGCCUCAGAGUUAUCAUCGGAUGCUGGCGCCAUUGGGCACGAAGACAGCUUAAACAAACAUGUUCAGAAUGGACAUACUUCAGAUGAUUGCAAGGAAAAGAAGAGUGAUGGAGAUGAGGGCAGCGAAAUGCGAACUGGGAUGGAGAUGGAGAUCAAGAAUUUAGGGAGCAAACUCGAGAAAUUAUUAGUGAAGCACGAGGAGGAGCUGAAUGAGUUAACGAGGAAGCAUGAGCUUGCUGUUUCAGAACUCCUUCAAGAGCUCCCACCAGACACCCUUCAGAAGGUUCUGUCUGUCUGCUGCAAGUCAAAAGUUGUUGAAUUCAAACGCUAGGGCAUGACCAGGUCAACGUUUACUACAAGAAACAAGUGAGAGUUCUAACAAGGGUUUGAGAGUCAAUGCAAAGAUUCCCUCUUUCUUGGUUUGUUUUCUGGGUUUGAUCCGAUUCUUGUCACGGAAACACUAGAAACUUUGUACAGAACAAAGAGGAUAAUCUUGAGUCACUGAGAAUCUCAUAUGGGGUAUUAUCA